AUGAAGUUCUUUGUGACGUUGUACCGAUGCAUGCGGGGCAUUUGUUACUUGGCCGACCAUGGCAAUUUGAUAGACGAGUUCAACACGACGGGUAUACCAACCGGUUUCCAAGACGUUUUUCCGGAAGAAACCCCGAGUGGUCUUCCACCACUUCGUGGAAUCGAGCAUCAAAUUGAUUUUGUGCCGGGAGCGGUUAUUCCAAAUCGACUUGCUUACCGAGCCAAUCCGGAGGAGACCAAGGAGUUGCAAAGACAAGUCAAUGAACUGAUGGAAAAAGGCUACAUUCGUGAAAUCCUAAGUCCCUGUGCUAUUCCCGUAUUAUUGGUACCGAAAAAGGACGGAACAUGGCGCAUGUGCGUGGAUUGCCGAGCCAUUAACAAGAUAACAAUCAAAUACCGUCAUCCCAUUCCUCGCUUAGAUGACAUGUUAGAUGAGCUUAGUGGGGCCAAAGUGUUCUCAAAAAUCGAUUUGAAUAGUGGCUACCACCAAAUUCAGAUACGAGAAGGAGACGAAUGGAAAACAGCAUUCAAGACCAAGCACGGACUAUACGAAUGGUUGGUUAUGCCUUUUGGCCUUACCAACGCUCCAAGUACGUUCAUGAGACUAAUGAACCAUGUCUUAAGGCCUUUAAUAGGAUUUGUGGUUAGUGCGGAUGGUCUCGAGGUAGACCAAGAGAAGAUUAAGGCCAUACGAGAUUGGCCAAGGCCUACGAGCCACAUCAAAGGCCAACAUAAGUUGAACCGACGCCACGCGAAGUGGGUUGAAUACCUUGAGUCGUUUCCAUAUGUCAUCAAAUAUAAGAAAGGUAAAGAUAAUAUCGUGGCUGAUGCGCUUUCAAGAAGGUAUACUCUGUUAUCAUAUUUGGAUUCUAAGAUUCUUGGUUUUACAUUAUUAAAAGAUUCCUAUGUAAACGAUUCCGAUUUUGGAGAGAUAUUUGUUUCUUGUGAGAAAGGUCCUUUUGAAAAUUUUUAUAGGUACGAGGGCUAUCUUUUCCGAGAAGGUAAAUUAUGCAUUCCUUGUGGAUCUUUCCGAGACCUAUUAGUGCAUGAGGCGCAUAGUGGCGGGCUUAUGGGACACUUCGGGGUCAAUAAGACGCUAGCCACUUUCCACGAACAUUUUUAUUGGCCGCGGAUGCGAAAAGACGUGGAGUGA